AUGUACCCAUCGUCUCUUCUCCACUCUUCUCUCCCCGUUGUGGAGGACGACGACAGUGUGCGCCAUUUCGAUCAAGGAACGCCUGAUGGGCUCCUGAACGUGUACGCGGGUGGUGGAGCUGCUGCCUCGAGAUGGAGCGUUGCCACCUCUGCUAACCCUUCGGGCUCUCCCUCGCACCCAGUCCCCCUUCCGUCCACACCGUCCAAGCCUCUUCCGAAGGUCAAAUCAAAGCCCAGCCUCACCCUCGUCGACAGCGGCUCUCCCAAGGACAGAAGCAGCAAGUCCUUUAGAAAGCGAAUUCUCUCUGGGCUGAAGUCCCUUCGUUCACCCACGCUUUCCGCCGCUCCUUCAUCCUCGUUCACUCAAACCACAUUCCCCCCCUCACCGCCUCUCACACCUCUAUCUGACCCUUUCCAGUCUGACGGUAUGGCUCUCACGCCUUCACAGCAAUAUUACUUCUCUCCUCCUCCAACCGCUCCUCAGUCGCCGACCGACUCCGACUCCAGAUUUAUCUCGCAAUCAGCACCUUCAGCGCAGUCCGGUUUGUUCGACAUGCAGGAGGAGCCACAACAGAAUGAGACAGUCCACGCGCACCGUAUCCAACUCCCAUAUACUCCAAGUAUGAGGAGCAUGCCUCUGAACAGCAGCCUUGGUGUCGACCGAGAGGAGAGCACGAUAUCUGCGAGCGGCUUCACCAGCGCCAGCCAAUAUGGCUAUCUCAACUUCCCGCCGCCCACUUCGCCCAGUCGCAGUGCUAGUCUCUCGAAGCGCUCAUUUGUAUACGAGACGGACGUGGAUGGUGGUGCUGGAACGGGCACAGACGGGGGCAAGCCCAGCCUCGACUGGAAGAAUAUCAGCCGCAGUAGACUCUCGUUCGGUAGCGUUGCUAGCGGGAAAUCCACUAUGGGAACAACGAGGCGACUCGGUGGUAUGGGCAAGCCGAAGAAGUUGCUCGUCAGUGGGCUCCCCGUAACCGAUGCACGCGCAGAGGAGGCGAUCAGGACGUGGUGCGAGAGCUUUGGUGAGGUUCGAAAGAUCUCGCACAAGCCCAAUGGUGUGCUGCAAGUGUCAUGGAAGAAAUCGUCUGUCGCUGAUACGGUCUGCCGACUUCAAGCUCAGGUUUUCAUCGAGGGUGCAGGUAGCGUCGCGCUUUCGUGGGCUUCUAGCUCGAAGCGCGUCUAG